AGAAUAUUAUAGUACUGGUGCGGACUCUGCUCAGAGAAGAGGGGAAGGGAGAGAUCCGUGUAAUGAGGUAGGGUAUCAGUUCCAGUUUCGUGAAAACGUUUCUCUCGUAAACGGAUGUUUUCAUUUUUUUUACUACAUUGCAUUGUCCUACCGACGUUAAUUUUGCCUGUAUUAUUUUCUCGUGGUUUUUUGGCUUGGCAACGCAUGCAUUCUCCCAAAACACUUAUUUGGGAUUAUUAUUGUAAUACAACGCGAAAUGUCAUUUGUUUUCAGACCUUUUGAAAACCACUCGUGACCAAAAGUGCAGGGCGGUUUGUUACUUAUAUUUUAACUUACCGGGGAAGCACAUAUCGUGUAUAAUUAGCACAAAUUUCCUGUUUUCCCGUUAUCACUGGCAUAGUGGGGAUCGGGGUACCCUUCGCGAUCCUGCGACCAGCGCGGAUACAGCGCGCCUCAGCGUUUCCCACCGGACUGGUGCUGUAGUAUUUUAAAAGCUGAACCAGCGGCGAGUCGGACUGCUCGUUCAGGCAUAUUUUUCUUACGUUGACUACAAGAUUAGCUCUUUACUUUUCUUCACGCUUUACACUGAAAUUUUACGUUUAAAGGGCAGAAAUAAAACCAGAGGUCUUCCUCGGAUGAUGAAGAAGAGAAGGCAAGCACGUAACUUAAGCGGAACUUUUGUGAUAACCUUUCAUUGACACUUUUUGAUUGUCUUUUUGCACCUAAGUAUUUUUUCAGUCCAGACUCGCGACACGGCAAAUCAAGAUCAGAACUGCAUUAAUGAAUACAGUGCGCAGUGCGAAAAUAUAUAUUUCUUGCAGACAAUAAACAUAACUGUGAGGUGCAUUACAAGAGAUUAAGUGUUCAGCCCAUCAGGGAUAUUAAAUCAAAGCGGGGUAAGAGUUUCAGCCCCUGUGGAGUGCCAUGGCUUUGCCAGAUAACCCGAGUGGCAUUCUUGGAGAAGAGCAGCCAUUUCCAGAGAUUGUGGAGCUGAAUGUGGGUGGGCAAGUAUACAUCACUCGCUACACCACUCUCAUUAGUGUACCAGACUCUCUCCUCUGGGAGAUGUUCAGCCAGAAAAGUGCUAAGGGGCUAGCGCGCGACAACAAGGGCCGCUUCUUCGUGGACCGCGAUGGCUUCCUGUUCCGCUACAUCCUGGAUUACAUGCGUGACCAGCAGUUGGUGCUCCCUGACCACUUCCCAGAGCGCGGUAGGCUACAGCGGGAGGCUGAGUUCUUCAACCUGCCUGAGCUAGUCAAGUUGCUGGCUCCCAGGCUCAGCAAGCAGAACUCUCUGGGUGACGAAGGCUGCCAGAGUGAUCCAGAGGAGUCCUCGCCCAACACCGACAGCACUCGCAACUUGGCCACGCUGGGGGCAGCGGCCGCCUGUGCGGCGCUGGGGGGAGCCGGGGAUGGUAAGCGUUCAGGAUUCAUCACCAUCGGCUACCGGGGCUCCUACACGUUGGGCCGGGACAGCCAGACUGAUGCCAAAUUUCGCCGGGUGGCACGGAUCAUGGUGUGUGGGAAGACUUCCCUGGCCAAAGAGGUUUUUGGGGACACCCUGAACGAGAGUCGGGAUCCUGACCGCCCCCCUGAGCGCUACACAUCCCGCUACUACCUCAAGUUUACCUUCCUGGAGCAGGCCUUUGACAAGCUGGCCGACGCCGGCUUCCAUAUGGUGGCUUGUAACUCCACCGGGACCUGCGCUUUUGCCCACGAACAGACGGAUGACAAGAUCUGGACAAGCUACACAGAAUAUGUGUUCUACCGUGAGUGAGCUCAGACCUCCCUCCCUGCGCCUCCCCCGGCAUUCUGCUGCUCCCUGUGAUGGCUCCCUUGUUGUAGUUAUAUAGACGCUCCCUGUUCCACCUCCCAUCUCUACCCAGCCACUUCCUCCAGACAGCACCCUCUAGUGUCAGACGUUUGUCACCUCUGAAUCAGUAGUCCCAUCUUCAAAAGUGUCCCUGCCAUUGCCUGUCAAUCACACCUUCCUCCUCCCAGCUGGAAAAAAAAAACAAAACACCUCCUCUUGUAGUCCUCCUUUUCUUAUGCCCUUCCUGUCAAUGAAAACUACAGUGUGGUGAUUUAAAUGCUCGUUUUGUGAUGUUCCGCAUCAUGCCUUUUGUAACGGUAGUUCUGGAGACCUGGGCUUCGUGAAGACCUCAAUAACUGCACAGCCUCCCACCAAACACUGCGAAAGUCCUUCACCUUUGUGGAAUAUCAGCACCACAAAAGAGACGAGAAGCUUUAACACCUGAUCUUAAGCUCUCUGUGAACUACACUUUGAUGUAUGUCUGUGACUGUAGUUUAAGAGUGGUUUGCAGGUUUGAUGGUGAACAUUUCUCCAGUACAUCGAUAAUACUGAGACAUAUCGCUAGCAAACUCAAGACAGCAAUUUGAGCUCCUAGAUUGGGGGCCAAUGAAUGAGGUCACAGGGCUCUUCCAGCAGGUAUGAGACUCUGGACAGAGGCAAACUUACACUGUGUUCAUACACAGGCUGCUUUGAACCCAGGGCACAUCUUUGUUAGGCCCAACUGAGCUGUUACUGCCAAAACAAGCUAUUCUGGGUCACAAGGCAUGCUUUGAAAAUCUGGUUGGGAUAGGAAUUGGGGCAGGUAAGGGGUAAUAUUAGGGGUCUUAACUGAGAGUGUUUACUUUGCAUCAGACCAUCCAUAGUUUGUAUUCGACACAUAAAAAUAGCAGGAAAUGGUAACUCAUUGCAUACAUGUUCUUUUUAUUUCAUAACUUGUACUUUGAUUUAAAUGUCUGCACUUUUUGUAUGUGGCUCUUAAUCUCACAGGUUAAUCCCCAUUUGUCGUGUAAGGAUGGAUGGGGGUUGGGGAGCUGCGGUUGUUUUGCACGGUAUUGUAAAGCACACUGUAAAGACACCAGCCCAUACACUGAUAGAAAGGGAUCAAUUUCAAGCUAGGAUUCAAGAGGAGUGUAAAAUCUAGUUUAGUUGUAGCAUAUCUAUGUUUAUUUCGGGAUAUUGCAUUAGCUAAUAGAUUGGCUUAAAUAUGUACACCUUCCCAACCUACUUCAGUGUAUUUUUAUGUGUGGUUAGAAAAUGGCUUCUCUAUCAGAUGGCCGCCCCCUCUCACUGUCACAUUACAGCCCAAUGACAUGGCCAUCACAUUACAUCAUAUUACAGCAAGGCUGUGAGAAUACUAUAUGAAAUCUUCUUAUGAAAACAGAGGGGGAUGCAGGGUGUAUCUAACAGAUGUUUUUCAGGUGUACCCUCAGGACAUCGGUACUCACUAGAAGCACAGUAUUACUUACCUCAAAAAAACACUACAGAAUGUUUAUUAUUAAUAUUAAACAUCUCAUUGAGGCAGGCACAAAUUAAUUUAUAAUUAUAGAGGUGGUCUCAAAUGCAGGAAAAAAAGCAUUUCAAAGAGGUGUCCUCUUUGCUAAACAGCAUUCACCACAAGCACAUAGACAAAAAUAAAACAAAAUAUUAUUAGUACAAGCUGUUUACGUAUUCCUGAAGCACCUAAGUGACUUCAUUAUACAUUCUUAAGGUUUAAAAUUAAGAUCCUGUGGCUAUUAAAAAAAAUGAUGCAUGACUAGAGAACACAUCAAUAUGCCAUUUGUGGAGUUUCUUAAUAUCCUGGAGAACAUUUGAAUAUAAAGGACGGAGAAAAUUAAAACACGCUUUGUCUGGAGGUACAGUAGCAGUGAUGUUGUGGCCCUAUGUGUCGUAACAUUAAACACAUUAACCCCUUCCGGCUUUAUGUACAGGGCAUAAUGGAUAGUAAUCACCCUUUGUGGUAUUGUCACAAGCUGAUUAGGUUUAUCUGCUGCCACGUGUGAUGCUUAAAUGGCCUGUUGGGCUGGCACCUACCCGUCAAUUCUGAAAACAGAACGACUGCCGAAGGCAGCAUAUUAAUUUUGCUAUUAAUACGAACUUUGCUUUUUUUCCACUGUUCUGAAAUUGUAUGGGCAUAAAAAUUAAUUCAUGUCAAAUCAUCAUUUUUCUAUUUAGUAAAAAGCAAUAUAAUAGAAGUCUAAAAGAGGCUAAACAAUGAAGCUUGCAUGAUUAUUAUUUUAAUAAUGCUAUGUGAGCAAGCGUUCAGCCAUUACAUUAUUGUAAGGCUCCUUUUACAUCUCUAGAUGGAAUAGUUUUAAUCAUGCCUUUUACUUAGCCAGAGUGGAUUUAAACUGGAACAUUGCACUCUGUAAUCUGGGACAUUGCAAUUUGGUCCACCACCCUAUCCGUCUAUCACACCGAGCUGGACAUUUGCUAGUGAUCGAUGCCUUGGAGAUGUUUGGGGGUGAGAUGUUUUGGGAGUGAAGAGUUGGGCAGCAAAUUAAUUUAUUUACUGGGUUUAUCCUGACUGUCUACACCCACUGUUCAGAGAACAAGCUUCUUUUUUCCUGGGGCAAUUGGUCUUAAGGAGGCCUAGAAGAGCAGAUGUAGAAAAAAAUGAGUAACAGUUAAUUGGAUUUGUUAAUGCACAUUUGACACUUCUGUAUUGCUGAGACUAAUCUAGUUAAUUGGUUUGGAGUUUAAAAUGUCCAAUUCUAGGACUGAAACUGAGGUUGUUAUUCAAAGAUUUGUCGAAAAAUAUUAUGACUGUUGUGUCUCUGCUGUCCUGUGGAAUUACGUAUUUUUGGGAUGCAACAUAAGUUGUUAAUAUGUGCACAGGUCUGAUCAGAUGGGUAUGGAAGCCUCUGGAAUUCCAGUUGAGAGCUGCUGACAAUCCGGGACAAGUUGUAAGUCCUGAUCGCUGCUAAAAAUUUAGAUUGUUUUGUGUUGAAAUCCCUCAUUUUUUAUAGAAGGUCUUAUCUAUUAAGCACAGUGGAGAACUGAUGGCUUAAUCCAUGGCAAUGUAGCAACCUCUGAAGAUCUGAACUAGAAAGCUAACAGAAGCUGAAGCUGACAGACUGAGCAGCAGGAAAAUUCACAUUUCAUUUACAUGAUGUAUUUAAAUAUGCUUUGACAGGAUGCACUCUGUCAUGAAUCAAAAUGUUUGUGUUGAAGUUCAGGUUGUCAUAGGAAGUACAACGGUGGCAUAUCAUGGUUUAUAGUUGUAGUGUGCAGAGAAUCCACUUCACUGAGAGAGAUGUUUGUUUAUGUGUUUUGACCAACUCUUUGAGGAAACACUGUAAAGCAUCGUUGAAGUGAAGAGCUCACGAUCUUGACGGGGGUUAUAUAGUAUGACACGGGCUCAAGCCUAAAGUAGUUAAUUGCAGUGAACGCACCCUGUACACUGGGUUUUCUGGAUGGGCCUCCUUUGCUGGAUGUGUAAGGUCCUUGUUUUUUCCAGUAGCUGGCUGAGGACUGCUUGCCAAACCUUGGCAGCACCGUGAACAGAACCACAUGACGCAGCGAGUUUGGGGGCGGCCUGGGGCUUCAUCUGGGGAUUCCUUUUUCGGGGGCAGAUGGGAUAGGAGAGAAACUAGACAACAAAUAUCCUCAUAAAUAAACAAUUGUGAAAGUGGCGUUUUAGUGGGGAAGGAAGCAAAACAGGCCAGAAUGAGCAGCUCACGGUUCGGAUGUGAGGGGAAGCUCUGGUUCAGGGUCGCUGUCAAAAUGAAAGCGGAAGAAACUAAAUUAUAGAGACACCGGAAUGAAAGACGGUGGGAGUGAAUUAUCACAAACAGAAACGGUCACCUGCUCCCCCUCCCCCAGAGAUGGAUGACAGCUCUGUCUCCCUCCGCCUUUCUGACACCCAGAUAUCAAUCAAUCUGUUUCUUGCGUGGCACGCUGCAGAGAUAUGAAAGGCAGGCAGAGGUGUUUAGAAUAAAUCCUCAGCAAAAUGCCCAUGUGACUUUGUGGCACCUGUUAUUUUUUUUCCUUUUUUUAUGCAUUAGCCUGAAGAGUGACCUACAGCUGAGAUUGCCACUGGGUUCAUUGAACCAUGCCAACCACAUCAUGCCAGCUGUUCUACGUAGGUCUAGAACUCCUGUUAUGGAUGAUGUGAUCCAUUCUAUAAAGCACAUUAUUUAAUGUUCCAAGAAAGAAAGAAUAUGGCAACACCCUCUGUCCCAGCCUCACUCUAUUUAAAAGUAUUGGAAUUUCUUAUCUGUAGUACAGGGGCAGUUGAUACUGGCCAUGUCAAGGGCCUCCCCGAGACACGAUACCAUGCGUCCUCUGCACAGGCUCAAGCAGGACCUUAAAAGACAGAGUCAGCAAUGAAUGUGAUGGAAGUGGCUAUGAAACAUUUUAGUCUAAAUAUCUGACACGUGUCCACAGCUGAGGUUUCUGGGCUCUGCUUUGUACAUUAAUAUUAUACGAAUCAGCUUAAUGGAAUGGAAAGGGGUUUGGGGAGAUGAUGGCCUGUUCAAGCUCUGCUAGAAACAAGAACACUCCCAUUCUGAAAAGUAUAAAGAAACUGGAGAUUCCUGUGCAAUGCUGUAUUGUGAUGCUCUUGGCUCAAGCUAUAGUGUGCAUGACCAUGCCAUAUCCCCAUUUUACGACUGUAUCUAUGAAACAGUAUGACUGCUGUGACCAGAGUCAGAUAAUAAAGUUAUUUUGUGAUUAACGCUGA